AACCUUCUCUCAGAUCAUAAAUAACAGCCUGAGGGUUGGCUUUACAUCGGCCACCCUGGAUCGAGUACGCCCCGGCAGUGUGAUCGUUGACUACACAGUCAGCUCUACGGCUGCGACCCCGCUCGACGCGACCAGGAAACUCGAGGAAGGCCUCUUCUCAGACCUGGGGGCUACCUACCGGAUAGUCACAGAUCGUGAGAAUGGAUCGAAUCCCUUUUAAUACUUCAGUAUCCAGUCCUGGGUUUUAAGGGUAUAUUCAUGAAAGAAGUGCUCUUCUCCCCAUGUAAUCACACCAAUAUGAACACGUCCCCUACAGCACCUCUAGAGUUCAAUCCGCCCAAUGUGUUCACUGGGGACCCCUUCACGGUGUCCUGCCGAGCCAAUGGGACGGACGUGCCGGGAGAGGUUUCCUGGGAACUGAACGGGACCGCGCUGACCGCGAGAAACAACCCACUCACAGUCAGCCCGCUGUUCUCCCAGAGCACUAGCUUUUACAAAUGCACGUAUGCAGAAAGCUCCCAGGUAACGGGCGUCCUGACCGUUAAACCGAGGCCUCAGCUGAACCUGAAGCCCCUCAGCAGGACCGUGGGGUGCGAGGCCGACGUGGUCAGCAUGGUCAAGCUGGAGUGCUGCGUCCAGAGUCCCUACGAGGUCCAACUGAAUGAUACGACCCUAACAGUCCAAGAAACAAUCCAACUAGGUGACAUACAGUGCAAGCGUUACACCUACAGCAGGACCUGUGCGAACGGAGAGGUGCAGCUCACCUGCCAGGAGACCACCUACACACGGUUCAAGAGGGACCUGACUCUGACCUUCUCCACUGCCGUAUUCCUCUGUGAGGACGAGGAUUAUGGGGGCGGACUGCUGGGGGUCGUGGCGACGACAGGCUGCCAGCCGGACGAGACGGGGAACAUUACGGCCCAAUGCCAGGAGGACGGGACCUGGUUGCCCCUACAGGACAACUGCGUCCUGUUCGUGCUCAACAACCUGCUGCAAGAGGCUGAGAACCUGGAUGCAAGUACCUUCCCAGCGUUUGUGGAUGCCCUCAGCAAUGCGACCGUGAACAACACAGACAGGGUGUCGAAUUCUUCAGCCAACAUCCACACCAUCGUCAGCAUCUUCACACGUCUGGCAAACGUCUCGCGGAACCUGACCAUCAACAAGAGCCUCAUGACGGACAUUCUGGAUACGGCAAAUGUUCUGGUGGACGAUCGAUCCACGGCUGCCUGGAACACCCUGAACAACCCCAACUACACAGGAACGAACAACUUGUCAUCAGCACCUGAAGUCAUUCAAACUAUGAGCGACAGCUCAGCCUUCCUGGCUUCCAUCGAGGCGAUAUCAAUAUCCCUGUCUGACGAUCCCGACCUCAACAUCUUCACAGAGAGGAUCACCCUAAACAGGAGCAGAUUUUCUGGAUCUUUUAGUGCCAAUCUCUCCAUGGUGUCGUUGGAACUACCGGGACCGCACCGGGACAACAGCUUCAUCACCACCAUCAACUUCAACUCCCUGGACAACGUCCUCCUCCCCUCCAACGCCAGCGGUGCCAACACCAGCAACGUCAUCAACGGCAACGUGCUUCUGGUCUUGUCCAACAGCAGCGUCGACAACGUGACGUUCACCUUCGACAUCCUCAACCCAAAUCUGACGAGUCCUCAGUGUGUCUUCUGGAAUUUCAGCCUGCUGGACAACGAGGGGGCGUGGGACGGCACGGGCUGUACGGCGGGGGUCUCAGAUGCCCAAAUUGUCACCUGCAACUGCAACCAUCUCACCUCCUUCUCCAUCCUCAUGUCUCCGUUCAGCCCGCAGUCAGAGAUCCUGGAUUACAUCACCUACAUCGGCGUGGGCAUAUCCCUUCUGUCAUUGGUGAUCUGUCUCAUCAUUGAAGCCAUCAUCUGGCGGAAGAUAAACAGGAACUCCACCUCCUAUCUACGACACACGUGCAUAGUGAACAUCGCCGUGUCCCUGCUGAUAGCCAACAUCUGGUUCAUCAUUGGUGCCUUCGUUUCAGACUCAGGUUCUGUGAACCCUCCAGCCUGCUUCGCAGUCACCUUCUUCAUCCACUUCUUCUACCUGUCUCUGUUCUUCUGGAUGCUGAUGUCGGGGCUGCUGCUGCUCUACCGCACCAUCAGUGUGUUCGGGGGCGGCCUGUCUGACGGGGGCAUGGUGGCCGUGGGCUUCUCCGUGGGCUAUGGCGCUCCGCUCCUCAUCGCGGUCGUCACCAUCGCGGUGACGGCUCCCAACAACGUGUUCUUCAGGCCGAUGGGCGUCUGCUGGCUAAACUGGUACGAGUCGAUGGCACUGCUGGCGUUUGUGAUCCCGGCGCUGUUGAUCGUGGUCAUCAACCUGGUGAUCCUGGCAGUGGUGUUGUACAAGAUGCUCCGCAGUCAGAGCAUGGGCAACUCGGACAGAAGCACCCUGAUGGUCAUUGUCCGCAGCCUGGCCGUACUCACGCCCUUCUUCGGGACCACCUGGGGUCUGGGCGUAGGAACGAUGACCAACCCUGAGGUCUUUGGCAUCCAUGUUACCUUCGCCCUCUUCAACUCACUGCAGGGUUUCUUCAUCUUGGUGUUUGGAACUCUGCUGGACGUAAAGGUCCGGUCUGCUCUGAAGGCGUACACGAGCACCGGGACCACUGGCACACAGAGUACUUCAGCCGGGCCGUCAACUUCCGGUGGACUGGGGUUCCUACGCAACUUGGGCAGAAGAGGUUACAAUAUAAACUCUGCAGCUCCAGUGAGCACAUCUGGAGAAGCUGCAUCUUACAGCAGCUGACACCUCACAGCCAAUCAGAACAGCAGCUGACGCUUCCAGGCCAAUCAGAACAGCAGCUGAGGCCUCCCGGCCAACCAGGACAUCUGGAGGGACUGAUCC